AUGCACUGCGCCGGGCUUAGACCUCUCAUAGGCGUGGGGCUGUGUCCUGGUUCUGGGGGUGAGAUGCAAGAGUGUGCGUUAAGUCCAUUGUACAGUGAUAGUGAAUUGAAAGAGUCUGAGAGCAAGCCUGCGGGGAUCUUUGUCUCUAAUCCAAAUAUGCAAAAAUCUUGUGACAAAAUUGGUUUGGAGGAGCAAAAUCUGCAAGAACUCAAUGAGCACGAGUGCUAA